CAAUCAUCUCAUUGCCGUGAAAAGGAUUACGCCCACUCUACUCAAUUCAUUUCGUUAACUUGCUGUGCGCAAUCGUCGAAUAUGACAAUUACGACAUUAUGAAUUAGUGCCGCGAGGCUAAACAAAAUGUGUGAUUAAAUAAAUACGAUUUUUUUUUCUUCCGUAAAUUACCUGCUUGCGUUUUGCUUCCGGGUACGUGUGACCCCGCCCUUUUUUAACAGGUACUCUUGUUAUCCUUUCACGAUCCACCGGGACCGGUCGUCAAAGUGGGUCACAAAGUCGAGCAGCAGGUCCUACCGCUAAUGCUUGUUGCGUGUCGUCUCGUCCCUCCCAUCCGUCCCGUGGACACCGUGAAGGCCCGCCGACGAGAUGGACAAGUGGAAUUCCGCCAUCUCCGUCACGUACAAGCGCUGGAGAAAUCCCGAUCAGAGGUUCCAUCAAGGAUGAGGGCUGUGUGACCAUUGGAGGUUUGACCCUCGGGCGCAGAAAGUCAGCGUGCGCAUCCGUGGUUCAUCCCAAACAAGAAACCUUCACUCUGGAUGAGGCGCUGGACGCUCUGGGCUUUGGGAUGUUCCAGUGGAAAUUGUUAUUUCUCACCGGCUUCUCCUGGGUAAGAAAGAAAAAUGCCUUUUGGUCCCCGUUUGGGUUUUGGCAAACGGGCGUUGCGUGUGCAAUUUCAGGUGGCCGACGCCAUGGAGAUGAUGAUCCUCAGCAUCCUGGGCCCGCAGCUGCACUGCGACUGGAGCUUGGAAGGCUACAAAGUGGCGCUCGUAACCUCGGUGGUGUUUGCCGGAAUGGGCUUCAGCUCAUCCUUCUGGGGCAACUUGUCGGACAAGCACGGCAGGAAAAAGGGGCUGACCAUGUGCAUGGCUUGGACUUUUUACUACAGCGUCUUGAGCGCCCUGGCGCCAAAUUUCUAUUGGCUCUUGCUGUUGCGAGGCUUGGUGGGCGUAGGCAUCGGAGGAGCCCAUCAAUCGCUGACGCUGUACUCGGAAUUCCUCCCGUCCAAGGCGAGGGGCUUCUCGGUGGUCCUGAUGGCGGUUGGCGCACGCGCAUCACCAAACGUUUUGAAGGAUCCGUCCGUGCGUCUUAUGGAUCCUUCUGAGGGAGGGAACCGCUCUUCUCCAUUUCAGGCCUUCUGGACCGUGGGCGUGGUGCUGGAGGUGCUGCUGGCCGUGUGGGUCAUGCCGGGCUUGGGCUGGCGCUGGCUGGUGGGCCUGUCCGCCGUGCCCAUGGCCAUCUUUCUCGGCUUCUGCUUGUGGCUGCCCGAGAGUCCUCGCUUCGACCUGCUGAAUGGAAACGUAACCAAAGUGAUGGCCACGCUGGAACGCAUCGCCAAGGACAACGGCAAGGCCUUACCUCCGGGCAGGAUGGUCUGCAACCUGGCGCCAAACAGCCGCGGGCGUCUUUCGGAGCUUUUCACACGGCGCUACUGCAGAACCAUGCUGCUCCUCUUGUUCAUCUGGUUCUCCUUCGCCUUCGCUUAUUACGGAAUCAUCCUGCUGACGACGGAGAUGUUCCAAUCUGGAGAUUGGUGCGGGGUCACCCAGGGGGCCAAAAAUGAAGCUGGGUGUCGUCUGGGAUGCAAAUUGCUCACAUCGGAGGACUACAAAGACCUGCUGUGGACCACCUUGGCUGAAUUUCCAGGCCUGGUUGUGGUUCUGGGCACAGUGGACUGUCUGGGCAGGAAAAAAAGCAUGGCCCUGCCCCUCUUCAUCUUCACCUUGAGCCUUGUGCCCUUGUACGCGUGUAUCGGCAGGGUAGCGCUCACCGUUUUCAUUUUCAUCGGGAGAGCCUUCAUCUCGGGUGGAUACCAAGUGGCUUUUGUGUACACGCCAGAGGUCUUCCCCACCGAGACCAGAGCGUUGGCCGUUGGCACCUGUAGCGCCAUGGCCAGGGUGGGCGCCCUCAUUACACCCUUUGUGGCACAGGUGCUGCUCCGACACUCCGUGUCCUUGACGCUGUCCGUGUAUUGCCUGUGCUCUUUCCUGGCCGGCGUCCUGUGCCUGCUGCUGCCCAUCGAGACGUCGGGAAGGGCCCUCCAGGAGUCCGAGCGCACCCCCACGCUAAGCGCUGCUAAAAGGCUUACCUGAAAGCCGCGCCGCGGCAGCCAAAGUCGGCGAAGGGGAGGAGCCAAGACGCGUGGAAGUGGUUUUGCACAGUUACAUUCAUUCCCUCAGACUGUUUCCACCCGCGUUUAUUUCUCAAAUGUCAAUUGAACCCCAUUGACACCAUUUUGUUGCACUCCAAAACUUUGCUCUUGACAGACUUUCUCGA